UACGUAAUCGCCUUUUCUGAUAACGGCCACGAAGAUUUUAUUGCUUUGGAACUUUCAGUACGUUCUCGAUCGGUACUCGAUUUGGAAUAUAAAGCGUCGCUCGCGUGCUUAACAAAUUGCGACCGGAAAUCCCGAAUUUCUCGGCGGUCGCAGCGAGUGUUCGGGCGCGAAAGUGACGCUUAUUAGCGGGAUGUAAUAAAGCGUCCAGCCUCUGCGAUUAACUCGAGACAUAAACAAAAGGAACGUUAAUUUCACUUGCAGAAGAAGCGUGGAAAAUGGUUGCCAACACUGUGUUUGCUGCUUUCGCGGUACUUAAGGACCACGUUAAAUUCAAAGUCAAUCAGAACGCGGUAGCCAUUGACAAUAUCGUUUUCAGAUUACACUACAGAAUUACAUUUGUGUUGCUUCUCGUUGCGUCGAUUCUGGUCACUUCCAGACAAUUCAUCGGAGAACAUAUAAAAUGCAUCGCUGAUAAUGGUGUAUCAUCUAACGUCAUCGAAACCUUCUGCUUUUUCACGUCUACGUACACCGUGGUGAAGCAUUUUAAUGCUACCGCGGUGCAGCAAGGUGAUAUACCACAUCUCGGCGUUGGACCACAAUCUAGGGACGACCCCAUAAUACAUCACGCUUAUUAUCAAUGGGUGCCUUUUGUCCUGUUCUUCCAAGCGAUUUUCUUCUACGUGCCGCAUUAUAUGUGGCGAAAAAUGGAAGGUAAUCGGCUAAGUGCGUUAGUUUCGGGAUUGCACAUGGCGUCUUUAUCAUUGAGCGAAACGGAGAUUAAGGUGAACGAUAAUUUCAAGGUACCUUCGAGAAACGAGCGCGACGAGAAGAUACAGCAGAUACGCAUUGGUUUUAUAAAUCGCUUGCACCUGAAUCGUCCAUGGGCAUACUAUCUGACUUUGUGCGAAAUUCUGAAUUUCGCAAACGUGAUCGGGCAAAUUUACUUCACCGACUUUUUCCUUCAAGGAGCUUUCCUAGGCCUCGGUCAGGCGAUCUCCGAAUCACUGCCUAAAGAUAAAGUGGAUCCACUUGACAUAGUUUUCCCCAAGGUAACCAAAUGUAUUUUUCGUAAAUAUGGUCCUUCUGGUUCCAUACAAAAGCACGAUGCUCUAUGUGUGAUGGCACUGAACAUCGUUAACGAGAAGAUCUAUACGGUUCUUUGGUUCUGGUUCCUCGUGUUGGCAGUAAUAACCGGUUUGGGAUUGGUUUGGAGAAUGCUGACCAUGAUCCUUCACGCCAGAAGCACGGCAUUCAACAGAUUGGUAUUUGCCAUGGCCUGUCCUGGAAAAUACAAUCCGUGGAACGUACUGAAGGUCACUAACGAGUAUUACUUCGGCGACUGGCUAUUUCUCUAUUACAUCGCGAAGAAUUUGGACAAUUACGUAUUCAAGGAACUUCUUCAGAGAUUGGCGGAGGAUCUGGAGAACAAACGUCACGCGCGUUACAACAUCUUGCCUACGGACGUAUUGGAGGACGAAUUGCUGAAGAAGCAAUGGGAAGAGAAGCCUUCCAUAAAUUGAAAACUGUGACUAUAUACAGUUAAAUACUCGUUUAUAAGCCUCGCAAUACGAAACGCUAAAACGUUAAAUUAUUUUAUAAUUCGUACUGUCUCUUUUAACUUUUUUUCCCGUCAG